AAAAUAUCCACUUUAGUACAUUAUUAUCUUCAAAGAGGAAAGAUCCAAGACCAAAUGAACCAAACCGGUCAGAAGUCCAGUUACCAGAAAACUAAAAAACCCUAAUCUUGAAGUUUCAUAUCUCAUAGUAAACUCAACAACUCAUCACAGGUGCGCAGCUUUCAUCCAUCCCCCGCCCCCCCACCCACACACACACACACACACACACAAUUAUACGUAUAUACACUUGAAUCACAUCAAUUGUUUAAUUCUUUCUUCAUAAUCCAAUUUUGGGGUAAUUCUUAGAGUACAUUAUGGGUGAGACUGGGAAAAGAUCUCGUAGGGAUGACGGAGAUAGCAAGAAUCAGAAGAGGAGGACAGACAGAGAUGAGAAAGGCAGCGAUGAUGAGCUAAUAGUCUACAGAAUUCUAUGCCCAAAUAAUGUGAUUGGCAGUGUUAUUGGAAAGAAUGGGAAAGUUAUAAAUUCGAUUAGAGCGGAGACCAAGGCGAAGGUCAAGGUGGUGGACCCGUUUCCAGGUGCUAAGGAUAGAGUUAUAACCAUUUAUUGCUAUGUAAAGGAAAAGGAAGAUGUUGAGAUCGAUGAAGAUUUCAAUGAGAAAACACCUCUUUGCACUGCUCAGGAUGCUCUUCUCAAGGUUUAUACUGUAAUUGCAAAUGCUUUGGCUGCAAUUGGAGAUUCUGAUAAGAAGCGCAAGGAUAAAGAGGAGUGUCAGCUUCUUGUUCCUUCAAGCCAGUCUGCUAAUAUCAUUGGUAAAUCUGGUACCACCAUAAAGAAGUUGAGAAGCAAGAUGAGGGCCAAUAUUAAAGUAGUUGCCAGAGAUGCUAGUGAUCCAACACAUUCCUGUGCACUCGAGUUUGAUAACUUUGUUCUGAUAACUGGUGACCCAGAAUCUGUAAGGAGAUCACUCUUUGCUGUUUCUGCAAUCAUGUACAAGUUCACACCUAAGGAAGACAUUCCUCUUACUACCAACGUUCCUGAAGUUCGUCCAAGCAUUAUUAUCCCUUCAGAUGUUCCCAUAUAUCAACCAGCUGGGAUUUAUCCAAGUGUGGAUCCUAUUAUGCCGUCUCGAUCUGUUCCAUCUGUUUUAGGUACCACCCACAUACCAGAGCUUCCAGGUUAUGUGGAUGCAGGAGGCACAUGGCCUAUUUAUUCUUCUGCUCUUCCCAUGGUUUCUGGUUACGGAGGUGCCUCUCAAACUGAAGAAUUGACUAUUAGAGUGUUGUGUCCAACUAGCAAUAUUGGUCGUGUUAUUGGCAAGGGAGGAGCUUCGAUUAAAAGUGUAAGGCAAGCAAGUGGUGCUCGCAUCGAGGUUUGUGAUGCCAAAGCCGAUCGUGAUCAGUGCAUUAUCACAGUCAUUUCCACUGAGUCAGUGGAUGAUCUUAAAUCCAUGGCAGUUGAAGCUGUACUGCUGCUGCAAGGGAAAAUAAAUGACGAAGAUGAGGAUACUGUAACUUUUCGUCUACUUGUUCCGUCAAAGGUUAUUGGAUGUAUCAUUGGGAAAGGUGGUUCAAUUGUUAAUGAAAUCCGGAAGAGAACUAGAGCUGAUGUACGUAUCUCAAAAGGCGAGAAGCCCAAAUGUGCGGAUUCAAAUGAUGAACUUGUCGAGGUGUCUGGAGAAGUUAGUAGUGUGAGGGAUGCCCUUAUCCAGAUUGUACUGAGGCUUAGAGAUGAUGUUAUAAAAGGCCGAGAAGGUAAUCAUAAUCCAGCUGCAGGUGCUGAUUCUUUACGCUCUAGUGGUAAAGAAUCAGCAUUUGGUUUUGCGCUGGCUGCAGGAUUGCCCAAUGUUCCUCCACCUGCUCCUUUGAGCUAUGAACAUAGGAUUGAAACAGGGAAUGGUGUUGGAAUGCGUUCUUCGGGCAGCCACUAUGGUCGCCAUGAGUCACUCUCGAUGGCGGAUGAUGGCUAUGGAUCGUAUUCUUCAUAUUCCUCAAAGUUAUAUGGCGGCAGAUUACCUCCACCCUCAGCUCUAGAGAUCGUUAUCCCAGGAAUUGCUGUUGGUAAAGUUAUGGGUAAAGGUGGCUCAAACAUAGAUAAUAUCCGCAAGAUAUCUGGAGCAUCUGUGGAUAUAAUCGAUUCCAAAUCCUCUCGAGGUGAUCAAAUUGCUAUAAUUUCUGGUACACAGGAACAGAAGCGUGCUGCCGAAAACUUGAUUCAGGCAUUUAUUAUGUCGACUUGAGCAAUAAGGACACAUCUCCUUUCUGAAGGUGUGACCUUGACUAAAUAUCGAGGGCCCUUUUUCAGAAGUUCCGCUCUAGGAUAUGGUAGGUUCUCGUGCUGGAGAGUGUCAUUUUGCGUAGGUUUGAUAAAAUUUCUUCUCUGUAGGAACGUUUGAAGAAUUCAUAAAUGCUUGUUCUUUUUUCUGCCUAUAUAGGUUCAGCCAUGUAGCCUGAUAGGCGUUCUUUUCAUCUGCUCUGGUUAGAACUUCAUAGGACAUUAUCUUUCCUUUGAUAGUCUGUCAUCAGUUCUUAUCUUUUGAUGAAUAUGGCUUUCAACUGUC